CUUCCCUAUACCUUCUCUCUUUUCUCUUCUCCUCUCUACUGGCGGCUCCUCCUCUUCCCCUUCUCCUUCUUCUUUCUUAUAUUUUCUGAUUGUUUUUCCAAAUUUUUAUUUGGAUCUUUUUAGAGAUUUCAAUCACGAUUUUUUCAACCACGAAUCGACACACCGCCAUGGUCGCGGCAACUCAACAACAACAACAGCAGCAAUCGCAGCUGCAAGUGUCGCCUGAAGAAGAAGCCUUAAAGAGAAACACUGAUUGCGUUUACUUUCUUGCUUCUCCUUUAACCUGCAAAAAGGGGAGUGAAUGUGAGUAUCGCCACAGCGAAUAUGCUCGAGUUAACCCCAGGGAUUGUUAUUUCUGGUUGCAUGGUAAUUGCUUGAAUCCCAAGUGUGGGUUCCGGCAUCCGCCUCUUGAUGGCUUGUUAGGAACACAAACGGCACCCUCGACUGGAUCCACUUUCCCUUCAGCGCACUCAACUGCAGCUUCUGCAACGGCUGCAACACCUGUGACCCACACUUCUCACAAUCCAGGGAAACAAACAGUCCCAUGCAUUUUCUACCAGAAGGGGCUGUGCCUAAAAGGUGAUAGAUGUGCUUUUAUGCAUGGAACAACUCCUACAACUAAUAAAGUCUCGCAGCAGCCAGUAGCGGCCCCUGUUGCUGAACCUCCAUCAUCAAAGAAGGCUUUUAGUGCCCUUCAAAAGAGCACUCAGGAGCAGAAGGUUGCACUGGCAAAUGUCUCAAAGGCAAUUGCAGUACCUCCUGAAGGUAAGAAGCCUACUCCAAAAACUGAAAUUGCCUUACCUAGAACCACUGUAGGAAUUGAAAGGGAUGUACCACUGCCUUUGAUUGGUGAUGUUGAGUUUCCUCGCUAUAAAGCAAAAAAUGUACCUUCUCUCAUCAAUGGUAACUCUUCGAGCCGUUCUAGCCGUUUGCAUCAGGCUCAUGCAUCAGAUGAUCAAGUUUUUCAGCAUGGGAAGGACACUGAGGAGUUUCUGAGGGAGUCCUCUCCUGGGUUUGAUGUUCUUGUUGAUGACGAGCUCAGAGAUUCUAAUUAUUACCGUGAUGAAGAUCAAUAUGGCCGAACAAGAGGUCAUGAAGGAAGGAACUUGAAUUCUGUAAAUGAAUACGAGAUGAGUCACUCCAUUGAUUACAAUUCAAUGGCCGACAUUGACAGGGAAACAUUUCAUGAUGCUUGGGGCUAUGACAUUGACCGCACACAGGGGCAGUAUGCUUGGGACCAGCACAGAGGUUUGUCAGAUAGAGUGUUAGUGGGUUCAUCUCAUCUAGAAAGGAGUUACUCUAAGGCUGAGAGCCCUGAUCAAAUUGAUGAAUCAGAUCUCAGGUAUCGUUUGUCAAAGCAUAGGAGGGUUAAUGGAUUAAGAUCAGUUGUCAAUCUUGAUUAUUCUCCUGACAACAAGGUUGAAGAGCGAAGUCACCGGAAUUCUUCUCAAAGGGACUCACUCCAUUCAACCACUCAUGAGAGCUCUCUUGGCAGUCGCCUUCGUGGUAGAAUAAAGCUUCCCAGUAGAUCUCCAGUCGGUAGCAAUGGUUUGCACUCAGAAAGGGAAAUGGACAGGGGAAGGAAUAGGGGCCCUGUGUCACCUGGUAAGCUCCAUCAGGGGAGGCUCCGAGACAGAAUAAAAGGGAGGCUAGAAGAGGAUUACAAUAAUGUAGGAAGAAAUCUCCGGGGUCCCCGAAUGAGAAGAGAACUAAUGGAUGAUAAUAAUGCUGAUUUUUCUGGUCCAAAAAGUCUUGCAGAGCUGAAAACCGGGAAAAAUGAGGAGAGCAAGGAACAGCAAUUUCUUGGAAAGCGAAAAAGCUUUGAGAAUAAUCAACAAUUUGACGGUGAGCUUUCAUUUAAAGGGCCACUGCCCCUAAGUGAGAUUCUGAAGAGAAAAAGAAAAGCUGAAGGUACAGCUUCCAGUGGAACAAUGCCAUCAAUCACUGAGGAUGACAAUAACCAGAAAGAAAGCAAGGAAAAUAUUGUUGGUAGCUCCAGUAAUACUGCAGUAUCAGGAACAAAGCAAGUUGUUUCCACUGUAUUCAAAGAAGUAGCCAACAAUAAGGAUGAAUUGAAAUGUUCAAAAGCUGAUGCUUUUGGAGUGACUGAAGGGAAAAAUGAAACCAACCAGGAUGAGCCUCCCCAGUUAAAUAAAGGAAGUGAGCUUGAGCCUCAAGAAGGGAUGAUUGGCGAUGAAGCAAUGGAAGAUCAUGAGCUUGAAGCCGAUGGUCAGAGGGAUGGGGAAUAUGAAUAUGAGCAGGUUGAUGAAGGAGAAUAUAAUUAUGAAGAAGGUGAAAAUGCAGAGGCAGAAGAUGAAUAUUUAGAUGAUGAAGAUGGAGAUGACUUUGCUAAGAAGAUAGGAGUUAUGUUCUCUUGAAGAAUGUGGGAGGACAUAUCUGGUUUUUAGUAUUAUUUGUGGUUUUUGGAGAACCGUUGAAGUUGAUAAUGUUGGAUUUUAUUCAACUGGUUAGAUGAUGUUAUGAAAUUUAUCUAUAGAAGAGUAGGGAUAUUAAGUUUUGUUCUUUGUAUGAAUUGAAACAUUUUCAUUGUAUUUAUAACUGAUUGGAUAAGGAAUUUUCUCAA